CGACUCUACCCGAAGACGGCCGAACGUGACUCUCGAAUUUCCGGCGCUCCGCCGAAGGCUUUCAUGAUGGCGCGCGUGUGAAAAUUGCAUUACCGUGCACAGCGAAAGUCAAAUCGUUCGAACCCGGGGAUCCGUCAUUUAUCUCGGAGAAAUCGACUCGGACGCGGUCGCGAGUUCUCUCGGACGAGUUUAUACGCGAUCGGGAGGCGCGUCAGUUGUCAAAGUCGUCGCGUCGCGCUCGUGCUCUUCCGCAUCGUCCGUCCGUUCCAUUUCGUUCGUACAGGCAGACCUCGCUCGUCGCGGACGCAGCCAUGCAAGCGCAACAGCAAACGCAACAGCAGCAGCAGCAGGGCCACCAGCAGAUAACGGGCACCAACGUGAUACUGAAAAUGAACGAGAUUCAGCAGCUGUCGACCGUCGGGUUGCUGGAACUUGCUCACAGAGAAUAUCAAGCAGGGGACUAUGAAAAUGCUGAAAGACACUGCAUGCAACUAUGGCGACAGGAAACAAACAAUACUGGUGUUCUUCUUUUGCUCUCUUCGAUACAUUUCCAAUGUAGAAGAUUAGAGAAAUCAGCACAUUACAGCAGCUUAGCGAUAAAACAAAAUCCAUUGUUGGCAGAAGCAUACAGCAAUUUGGGAAAUGUUUAUAAAGAGCGCGGACAACUGCAGGAAGCAUUGGAGAACUAUCGUCAUGCUGUCAGAUUGAAACCUGAUUUUAUUGAUGGUUAUAUCAACCUGGCUGCGGCACUCGUUGCAGCUGGUGAUAUGGAACAGGCCGUCCAAGCAUACGUUACAGCGCUACAAUACAAUCCCGAUCUUUAUUGUGUGCGGAGUGAUCUUGGUAAUCUUUUGAAAGCAUUAGCAAGACUUGAUGAAGCAAAGGCCUGCUACUUGAAGGCGAUUGAGACACGACCGGAUUUUGCGGUCGCUUGGAGCAACCUCGGCUGCGUGUUCAACGCACAAGGGGAGAUCUGGCUUGCGAUACAUCAUUUCGAGAAAGCUGUGGCCUUAGAUCCAAACUUCUUGGACGCAUAUAUCAAUCUGGGGAAUGUGUUAAAAGAAGCUAGGAUCUUUGACAGAGCUGUAGCCGCUUAUCUCCGUGCAUUGAAUCUCAGCCCUAACAAUGCAGUCGUACAUGGAAAUUUGGCAUGCGUCUACUAUGAGCAGGGGCUUAUUGAUCUGGCCAUCGACACAUAUCGUCGUGCUAUCGAACUCCAACCAAACUUCCCAGAUGCGUAUUGCAAUCUGGCAAACGCUCUUAAAGAGAAGGGCCAAGUGGUCGAGGCGGAAGAAUGUUACAAUACCGCCCUCCGGCUUUGUCCUACACACGCCGAUUCUCUCAAUAAUUUGGCCAACAUAAAACGUGAACAAGGGUAUAUCGAGGAAGCGACUCGCUUAUAUCUUAAAGCUCUGGAGGUAUUUCCCGAGUUCGCAGCUGCUCAUAGCAAUCUCGCGUCUGUCUUGCAGCAGCAAGGCAAACUAAACGAGGCUCUGAUGCAUUACAAGGAAGCGAUUCGCAUACAACCGACCUUCGCCGAUGCUUAUUCGAACAUGGGAAACACGCUCAAAGAGAUGCAAGACAUACAAGGAGCUUUGCAGUGCUACACACGAGCUAUACAAAUCAAUCCAGCUUUCGCCGACGCUCAUUCCAAUUUGGCAUCGAUCCAUAAAGAUUCCGGCAACAUUCCCGAAGCAAUACAGUCUUACAGAACAGCGUUGAAGCUAAAGCCAGAUUUUCCUGACGCCUAUUGCAAUCUGGCGCAUUGUCUGCAGAUAGUAUGCGAUUGGACGGACUACGAAGCUAGAAUGAAGAAAUUGGUGUCUAUUGUCGCCGAGCAACUGGAUAAGAACAGACUGCCUAGCGUACAUCCGCAUCAUUCCAUGCUGUAUCCUUUGUCUCACGAAUUCAGGAAGGCUAUCGCUGCUAGGCAUGCUAAUCUUUGUAUCGAGAAGAUCCAUGUUCUUCAUAAACAGCCGUACAAAUAUCCGCGUACGAUGGGCACACGCUUGAAGAUUGGAUACGUUUCGUCGGACUUUGGAAAUCAUCCCACCAGUCACUUGAUGCAAUCAAUUCCUGGCUUGCACGAUCGCGAAAAGGUCGAGGUCUUUUGUUACGCGCUCAGCGCGGACGACGGUACGACUUUCCGCGCGAAGAUCGCGCGCGAGGCCGAGCACUUCGUCGAUUUGUCACAGAUUCCGUGCAACGGCAAAGCCGCCGACCGUAUCAACGCUGACGGGAUCCAUAUCCUGGUGAACAUGAAUGGUUAUACGAAAGGCGCCAGGAACGAAAUCUUUGCCCUGCGACCGGCGGCGAUACAGGUCAUGUGGUUGGGUUAUCCUGGUACUUCCGGCGCAAGUUUCAUGGACUAUCUCAUAACAGACGAGGUCACCUCACCACUAGAGCUCGCCAACCAAUACAGCGAGAAGCUCGCUUACAUGCCGCACACUUACUUCAUCGGUGAUCACAAGCAAAUGUUCCCUCAUCUGAAGGAACGUUUAAUCCUGACGGAUAAAUUGAAUCAUAAAGGCAAGGUGGCCGAUAAUGUAGCCGUAAUCAAUGCCACGGAUCUUUCUCCGAUGAUCGAGAAUACUCUGAUAAAGGAGAUUCGCGAGGUAAUCGUACCGGACGCGAAGAAACAACCAGUCGAAAUUUCUCUCAAAGUCGCCGAGUUACCGACUACCACUCCGAUCGAAACAAUGAUAGCCUCUGGUCAAUGUCAGAUGUCCGUAAACGGUGUCGUCGUGCAAAAUGGUAUGACCACUACGCAGGUGAACAACAAAACUGCCACGGGCGAGGAGGUGCCUCAGAACAUUGUCAUCACAACCAGGCAGCAGUACGGCCUGCCGGAAGAUGCCGUUGUCUAUUGUAAUUUCAAUCAGUUAUAUAAAAUUGACCCGCUCACUCUUCACAUGUGGGCACAUAUCUUGAAAAAUGUGCCAAACUCCGUGCUGUGGCUACUACGUUUCCCGGCGGUCGGUGAACCUAAUCUCCAAUCAACGGCGCAGCAAUUGGGUUUAACGCCUGGCAGAAUUCUCUUCAGCAAUGUCGCUGCUAAAGAAGAACACGUAAGACGAGGCCAAUUAGCUGAUGUAUGCCUAGACACGCCACUUUGCAACGGACACACAACCAGUAUGGACGUUUUGUGGACCGGAACGCCAGUGGUUACACUACCGGGUGAGACUCUAGCUUCUCGAGUCGCUGCUAGUCAAUUGAACACUCUCGGCUGUCCAGACUUGGUUGCGGAAACACGACAAGAGUACCAAGACAUCGCUAUUAGGCUGGGUACUGAUAGAGAAUAUUUGAAAGCAACAAGGGCUAAAGUUUGGAAAGCGCGCUCGGAGAGCCCUCUAUUCAACUGCAAGCUUUACGCGAUGGGCAUGGAAAUGCUAUAUACAAAGAUGUGGGAGCGUGUUGCACGUGGGGAAAAUCCCGACCACGUAUCGGCUGUUGAUAAGAAUGACAACCAGAAAUCGUCAAAUAUGUCUUAAAAUUUUUCACCAGAUUCACACGAUCACUUUACUCCGCGAUUUUUCGUCUCCAGGAAAUUUUAGAGUUUACAGCUGUGGUUAAUAUAGCUACUCUUUCCAAUGAGAUCUUAUAAAAUUUCAUAUCUCUACUGACUUAUUGUUUUUGUAUGAUAAAUCACGAAGCUUAAAAUAGAUAUGAAUAUAUAUAUACAUAUAUAUACAUAUACAUAUAUAUAUAUAUAUAU